AUGCCGUCUUAUCCUUGGGCCGCAGAAUGGAGCGAACAUUGUCAGGCGUAUAUGCGGAUCAAUUGGAGCUACCAAUAUGGGAGGGAAGUUCGCGAGCGUCUCGACCAGACUAAUGGCUUGCCGGGCAAUUGGGUUUUCUUCGAUUGGCCUCGACGAGACUCUGGUGUGGCAGCAUCGAACAAUUUGAAUGCAGGCUACCAUACAACGGCUGGCGCGUCUACCUCAGCUUCAUCCCAGCAGGCUGGAAGUCAUCAGAUAAGAAGAGGGGCUUCCAUCAACGGGACUUACACGACGGCGAAUCCUAAUCCUCAUGAGCCCCUGGAUCCGAGUUUUAAAGUGCGCCAUGACACAUUCUUUGCGGAAGGAACGAUUUACAACAGCUCUAUCUCAACCGUCUUGUACAACGGUAAAGUUCAUACACAAAUCCGACGUUUUAUUGUGGUUGCCUCAAGGAAAGGAAUGUCUUACGCUUGUCCAAUUUUCACUUAUGGCAAUCAAGGAACCAAGAAACGUGGAGUCAACCCCCAAGAGCAUGCUGUAGCCUACUCCGAAGGGCAAAGCCCAGCUUUGUUGGAUGGAGAACAACCGCUGCAGAAGAACCCUAUCUGUGUAAUCAUGGCAAAUGUACCAAAGAACCCACCCUUGAGUGCACCAUCACGGAUUUGCUUCGGCAUUCACCACCCAAUUAAACACAACGUCAAGGUAAAGCAUGUUGGACAAGUCAAGGAUACCGACAUACCCUACUUGCUUGGUUACUGGAAGAUGGAGAAUGCGAACAUGCUGAACAACCCCGCUGAAGCAUCAGCAGAAGGAUGGGCGUCGAGCCCUGUUGCAUUGCAUGAGGAUCCACAUCUCUAUCAUGCACAGAGAAACCCGUAUGGAUACGAUGCACAGAUCAACCAGCAUAUGUUUCAUCCUGAGCACAAUCCAUCCGGGUAUCACCCCACAAGGAAUGUACGUGGCUUUCAUCCGCACAGUAAUCCACAUAUGUACCACCCCACCCAUAAUCCUAAUGGUUUCCACAAAGACCACAACCCAUUCGGUUAUCACCCUAAAAAAAACUUACAUGGCUAUCAUCCAACACACAACGUGUACGGUUAUCAUCCCAGUCAUGCCCAAUUCGGUUAUAACCCAGAGUCAAACCCCCGGGGCUACCAUGCUCACUUCAAUCGGGAAGGGUAUCAUCCAGUGAGCAACAAGUACUGCUACCAUCCAGAGCAGAAUCCAUAUGGUUACAACUCGCAGGAGAAUGCCAUGGGUCACCACAUUCAGCUGAAUCCAUAUGCCUUUCAUCCGCAUUAUCAUAGAGCUGGGUAUCAUCCUACGCACAAUCCGAACGCUUACCAUCCAUACUACAACUCUGCGGUUGCGCAACAAGACGAGAGUUCUGAAGAGGAGGAGGAGGAGGAUGAAGACGAUGAAGACGAUGAGAUCGACCAGCCUAUCGUCUAUUGA